AUAUAUAUAUAUAUAUAUAUAUUUUAAAGAUAUAUAUAUAUAUACAUAUAAAUAUACAUAUAAAAUCAGCACUUACAUACUUUAUCGUCAGUCUCAUCUCGAGGAUUCACGUUUUGCAUAUAGAAUACACUGUUUCAGUGAUAGACACAGUAUUCUCAUUUUACGUCAAGCACAGAAGUAUAUUCGAAAAGAUGACUCGUCUCAACUAUCAACUCGUCUUACUCUACUUAUCCUUUAUUACACUCGCAAUGUAUCUACAACUUGGAACAAAUGCUUACAUGUUACCGAAUCGAUAUCAUUUGGCGCCUUAUGCAAAUGAUUAUGACAGCGAUGCAAUCAUGUAUCGUCAUAUGCUUGUCCCGCUAUCUUCCGUAUUAUCAACAAGAAUGCAUAAAAGGGGACCAGAAUUAAUUAUCCCAUUCAUUAGUGGUGGAGCUCCAGCGAAGAAAUCUGAUGAUGUUGAAUGAUUCAUUGAUUUAUUGGUUAAAAUAUUUAAUUUAAAAGACAAAAUAAGCAACUCAAGCAUGAAUACUUGUCAAAUUAAGAUCUUCAGUGUGUUUGCAUGAGUGUCUGCGUGUGUGCGUGUGAGUAUGACUGCGUGUUGAUUUCAUCAAAUAUACAUAUAUCUAUAAAAAUCUUUUGAAAACUUUCUUUUUCAAUACAAUA